AUGAAUGGUAUUUUUGCCAUUGAGAAGCCAAGUGGUAUUACAUCGAAUCAAUUCUUGCAAAAAUUACAAAAUGUCUUAGCUCAUAGUCAAGUAUUUUCUAAAUCCAUUCAGGCUGCCACCAGUGAAAGAGCUGCAGAAUAUGAAAGACAAACAGGUAAGAAACCAAGUAAGAGAAAAUUACGUAAAGUGAUGAAGGUUAAAAUGGGACAUGGUGGUACAUUAGAUCCAUUGGCAUCUGGUGUGUUAGUUAUUGGUAUUGGAUCUGGGACUAAAAAGCUAAGUAAUUAUCUGAAUGGCUGUGUAAAAGAAUAUGAAAGUAAGGCACUUUUCGGUAUUGGCACAACCUCUGGUGACGUCGAAGGUGAUAUCUUGAGUGAAUGCAGUACUAAACAAUUAAAUUGGGAUGAUUUGAAUACUGCCAAAGAGAAAUUCUUGGGGAAAUUGAAGCAAACACCACCCAUUUAUGCAGCAUUAAAGAUGAAUGGUAAACCUUUACAUGAAUAUGCUAGAGCUGGUAUCCCAUUGCCAAGGAAAAUCGAACCAAGACAAGUGGAAAUCCAUGAAUUGGAGAUCUUCAAAGAUUCAUUAACCAAAGAUCAUGGUUUUAAAUUUCUACGUCCCAAAGAUGAGGAAACCGUUGAAACAAUUAAGAAAUUAGAAAUGAACGCUAAUAUGUUGGAAGAUAAGUUAUAUUAUUCUACAGAAUAUUGUGCCAAAAAUGGUAUAGAAAACGAAGAGGUGGAAUACAGCCCUAUCCCUUUAACAGAAGAAGAAAAAUCAUUGCUAAACGAACAAGGUGAGAAUUACCAAGCACCAUUAUUACAUAUGCGAGCUAAAGUGUCAAGUGGUACUUAUAUCCGAUCUUUAAUUAGUGACAUUGGUAAAAGUCAAGGUUCAGCAGCCUAUAUGGUUCAAUUAAUUCGUACUAGUCAAAGUGAAUGGAGCUUAACCCGCCAAAAUGUUUUCAAAAUGGAAGAUUUCACAGAAAGAGACGAAGAAGUGUGGAGGCCAGUUCUUGAAAAAGUCUUGGCGGCUGGUGGCGAUAACACAAACAUCGAUGAAUCAUUAAAGGCUUCCCAAGAGACUUUUGACAAAAUAAAAAAGACUAGUCAAAAUAUUGAAACUAUGGAUCAAGAUAAAUCCCAAAAUGGAACUGAUAUUGAUCCAUCACAUACAAAAGAAGGCCAAACUGAAUCAAACCCUGCAAAUAAAAGAACUGCAGAAGAGGCCAAUCUUUAA